UGGGUUGUCGUCAGAGGGGAUAGUGGGCCGCGGUAGGAAUCGGUGCGGAGUAGCUGAACCUGCGUUUGUAAGCUUUUGCUGCACCAGAGUUGCGAUAACAGGGACCAAGAUUAGUAUGGAAGAUUCUGAGGGGAACCUUUCCAUUCAGAGAGAAGUCAUCCUGUCUGAAUUCUGUUGUCAUCUGAUCACUACAAAGAGCCAGGUACAAGAUCUAAGAACCUUGGUGGCUUUAACUGACCCAGAGGAUGAGAUACUGGUUCAAACUCCAGAUGGAUUUAAACUCCCUGGACAACUUUGGAAAACUUCACUGCAGCAAGGCCCAUUCCAAGUUAGUAUAAACAAGUCAUUGCCCAAAGAUGGGAGAUGAAGGUGCAGGUGAACCUUUUGUUGGUAUAGUGGCUGGAGAGGCCAAAGAUUAUGAAGGUGCCCUUCCCUCAGACACAGUGUCAUUGAGUGAUUCAGAUUCAGAUGACUUUGGGUUGCCAGAUGAGGCUGAAGUUGACACAGUAUCCCCUGAAGAAUCCCUACCCUUGGAUGACAUGAGAAGUGAAUCAGAUGAAAGUAGUGGCCCUCUGCACGGCACUCGUAGGUCACCUGUCCAGCCAUUUCACCUGAAAGGCAUGAGCUCCAGCUUCUCCCAGCGCAGCCAAAGCAUCUUUGAUUGUCUGGAAGGGGCAGCCAAACGUGCAGUACCCUCACUGGCUGAAGACAACGUUAUUGAUGGAAGGUUUAAGCGCCCCCUACCUCCACCCAGCCUUUCAAACAAGAUGCCUGCAGAAAACCUUGGAAGACCAAGCAGGCAACCACUGUCUCCUAAAAGCUCUCCUGCAGUACCUGACUAUGUGGCACACCCAGAACGCUGGACCAAGUACAGUUUAGAUGGCGUUUCAGAGACUAGUGAUAAGGCCAACAGAUCAAUUGCCAUGGAGUUUCUGGAGGGCUUGAGGGAGAAGAAAGGAGAGCAAAGUACUACCUGUUUUGAAAGCUACGCCCCAUCUUUCAACCAGGAUCCCUCCAGCUCUGGGGUUGGAAGGAUUGUCUUUACCAAGCCUUCAAAGGCAAGUUUAGAUGGCUCAGAAAGGAAAAGAGCAGCUGUGGAGGAGGAAGAGGAGGGAGAAGAGGCCAAGACCAAGCCUACUGAGACAAAGCAGGAGUUCAGAGGAAAACCUCAAAAAAGAUCUAGCAACCAGAAGGAAGAUGAAAAGGUUGGACUAGAUCACUUAGGUAGCGGUAUAAAGGGAGUGGAAGAUCAGAAGCCAUUGAAGAUGGACGAGCUGAGUGUUCAAAAAGGACCCGACACAGAUUCUGCUGAGGCACAUGAAGAUACAGUCAUGGGAACUGUGGGAUUCCAUGGCAGCAAGAAACGCAGCAGGAAACAUUUCCGACCCAAAGCCAGUUUGGACGAAGAGGAGGAAGACAGCUAAAGAAGCUGGAGAAGUGACACAUACAUGUGUGUUUCAGUGAUUUUUAGAGGGUUUUCUUGACGUGUUUUCUUUAUUACCAGAUUUGCAUAAGUUGGGCAACUUGUUUUGUUUAGUAUUCUUCAAACUACGACUUAAAGUAUCCAUUAUGUUCUAUUGCCCUCCCCAAAGCGUCUGCCUGUGCUAUAGAAUCCAACCUAGAAUAAAUUUUGUUUGAGAUGUUAUAGAGAUACUUUUAAAAGAUUCAGUGACAGUAUAAACUUCUGCAUUUUGAGGGAGGGUCCUUUUACAUAGGAUAUUUUCAUUUAUAGAACAGAUCUUAUGGUCUCGGCUUGAUUUUUCUCUUACUAAGGUUAUUGGUGAAGUGUUGCUUUGCUUCAGACAUUUGUGUACCAUCUUUUCAUUUGUUGAUUAGUAUCCAGUCCCUGAAUAUCUUAACCGAUGAAACGUGUGGAUGAGGUCCAAAAUGCUUAAUUGAGAUGACAUGGAGGAAAGGCUUAACCUGUACUGUUCCAUACUACCUGUGGAAGUAAAAGCACAGCAAAGGACAAGCUAUAUCUUGGGGAGCAGCAAAAGGGAAGAUGUACAUGUACAUGAAAUGGGGGAGGGGGAGAGAAUAAAGGCAAUUGGAAUUUUA